AUGAAGGUUCUUGGUUUCACGCAUGUGCUUGUUUCGGUUAGCCAUUUGGUUGUCAAUGGAACUCACAAAAGAACGAUUAUAUUUAUCGAAAAGCUUUGCAUUUCUAUGAAGUUAGCAUUCUUUACCGUGGACAUGGAUGGUGAUCUUAGUGCACCAGGAAGUGAGGAUGAGGAAAAUGCUAAAAGUGCAAAAUCAAAGGGAGGGAGGACCAUGAGUGGACGUAAGAAACCGCCUGCAAAAAGAAAGCUAAAUGGAAGCGAUGAAGAUGAUGACGACGACAGCAAUAAUGAUGAUGAUGAUGAUGAUGAUGACGAUGACGACGAUGACACAGAUCAGAAGAAGAAAACUAAAACAGCUAAGAAGCCUCCUGCUAAAACAAAGUCCAAGAAAGCGACGGUUAAGGUGACCAGAAGAAAAAAAUGA